GUCAAGCCCAAGCUCAGGGGUCAACGCAAACGCUCGAUUCCCGCCAACUGUUUGCGAAAAUGUCUGAACGCCAUUCCUUGCUCCAAGCUCGAACUGCGGUCAGUUUCCGUUUGAGCUGACACCUUCGGCUGGGCCCACACAGUUAAUCUAAACCCAACCUCGACUGGCAAUGGUCUUACUAUAAUCUUUCAUUCCUGGUUGUAAGAACAGUAGAUUUUCUACCCCAUCAGCAAUUUUGAACUAUUCUCCACAAUUCUGGCUUCUGAUUAGCUCUUGAAAGUUACAAAGCUGGGAGGAUUUGGAAUCCCUUUGUAAAAAGGUCGGACCUUUGACGAGUACAGGCCAAAUGAGUGAAGCCCUCUCCCUCCUACUUCAGAGGAGACAAUAUGUGGCUAUUCACGAAUCCAGUCAUCAAGUGUUUGCUGAUGUUAUUAAAUCCUGUGCUUCAACAUCAAAGGCUGACCUCGGGAGAUCUUUCCACGGUCAUGCCAUUAAACUAGGCCUUAACUAUUGCCGCAUUAUCACAAAAGCUUUACUCAACAUGUACGCCAAGUGCAAAGCUCCCGAUGACUGCCAGAAACUGUUCGACGAAAUUCCUGAUCGAGAUACCGUCACUUGGAACAUUCUCUUGUCCGGUUAUUCCAGUUCAAGGUAUCAUGAUCAUAGGGUGAUGGAGCUGUUUAACACGUUUUAUGCCACUCGUGAACCCAAACCCAGUGACGUCACUCUUGCCAUUGUUCUUCCUGUAUGUACGCGCUCGGGCACUCGGGAUUUUGGAAAGUGCAUGCAUGCAUAUGCCAUAAAGUCUGGAAUGGAGUCACAGACACUGGUAGGGAAUGCUUUAAUCUCGAUGUACGCCAAACGUGGUCUCGUUUUCGAUGCACGUGCUGUCUUCCGAGAAAUUACUGACAAAGAUGUUGUUUCGUAUAAUGCUGCGAUUUCAGGUUUAGCUGAGAAUAGGCUUGUGGGAAGUGCACUUGAGCUCUUCUGUGAGAUGAUUAAAGGGCCUGUUAUGCCUAAUUAUGCUACCAUUGUGAAUAUUCUGCCUAUUUGUGCUACUUUGGGUAAAAGUAGCACUGACGUUCGUAUGCUUGGAAAACAGAUACACUGUCAUGUGGUGAGGCGGGCCGGGCUUGAUAAUGAAAUCACGGUGAUUAAUGCUCUUUUGAGCUUUUAUUUGAGAAUUGGGAGAAUAACUGAAGCCGAGUCUUUGUUUGGAAGGAUGGAAUUCAGGGAUUUGGUUAGUUGGAAUUCAUUGAUUUCUGGGUGUGCUUCGACUGGGAAAUAUCUGAAGGCAUUAGAGAUUUUCCGCGACUUUGUUGAUAAGAAUGUGAUUGAGUUGGAUUCUGUCACCUUAAUCAGCAUACUUCCUGCUUGUGCUCAGCUACGUAACCUGAAAGUGGGAAAAGAGAUACAUAGAUUUGUAUUGCGGCAUAGUGUUUUACAUGAGGAUACGUCAGUUGGAAAUGCCCUGAUAAACUUUUAUGCUAAAUGCGGGUGCACAGAAUCAGCCUUUCGAGUAUUCUCACUUGUUCUCCACAAAGACUUGAUAUCGUGGAAUACCAUGCUCGAUGCAUUCGGAGUAAAUUUACUCGCAGAUCAAUUUGCUGACCUCUUACAUUGGAUGUUUUCGGACGGGAUAAAACCCGAUGCAGUUACUUUACUGACAGUGGUCCAUUUCUGUGCUAGCCUUUCCAGAAUAAGAAAUGUUAAAGAAGCCCAUGGAUUUUCUUUGACAUCUGGUAUUCUGCUUACUGACAAUGAACCCACUCUUGGAAAUGCAUUGCUUGACGCGUACGCCAAAUGCGGAUGUAUGGAGUACGCAUCGAAAAUGUUUGCGAAUUUAUCCGGGAAGAGGAAUGUAGUUACGUGCAACUCAAUGAUUUCGGGCUUUUUGGCUCACGGUUUGCACGAAGAUGCAAAUACUAUAUUCCAGAGGAUGUCCACAAGGGAUCUCACUACUUGGAACCUCAUGGUCCGUGGUUAUGCUCAAAAUGAGUGUCCUAACGAGGCUAUUAAUUUGUUCUGGGAGUUACAGAGUCAAGGAUUGAGGCCAGAUGCUAUGACUAUCAUGAGCAUUCUUCCGGUUUGUAGUCAAAUGGCCUCGGUUCAUUUUCUAAGACAAUGUCAUGGAUACAUUGUAAGAGCUUGUUUUGAAGAUACCCAUUUAAAAGCUGCCCUUUUAGACGUAUAUUCAAAGUGUGGGAGCAUAAGUAGCACGUAUAAGCUUUACCUGUCAACUCCUUACAAAGAUCUUGUAGUCUUCACGGCCAUGGUAGGAGGAAUGGCCAUGCAUGGAAUGGGGAAGGAAGCUUUAGGGGUCUUCGACAAAAUGCUCGACUGUGGAUUUAAACCGGAUCACGUUAUCUUGACCGCCCUUUUGUCCGCUUGCCGACAUGCAGGCCUUAUUAACGAAGGACUCGAGAUUUUUUAUUCGAUAUCUCAGGUGCACCAUUUAGAGCCGAGCAUGGAGCAGUAUGCUUGUGUGGUGGAUCUUCUAGGUCGAGGAGGCCGAACUAAGGACGCUUUAUAUUUCCUAAAUCAAAUGCCUAUUGAAUUUGAAGCUAAUGCUAAUAUAUGGGGAACACUUCUUGGGGCUUGUAGGACCCACCAUGACGUGGAGACGGGUAGGGUUGUGGCCGAACGCCUCUUGAAAAUCGAGACUGGGGACAUUGGUAAUUACGUGGUUUUGUCAAAUCUGUAUGCUGCAGAUGACAGAUGGGAUGGGGUGUUGGAAACGAGAAGGUUGAUAAAGAGUAAGGACGUGAAAAAACCUGCGGGCUGUAGUUGGAUUGAGAUAGGAAAGAGUAAGAAUGCGUUUGUUGCUGGGGAUUGUUCUCACUCGGAAAGGGGCAUGAUAUAUAGCAUAUUGAGCCACCUGGAUAAGCAGAUCAAGGAGGUGGAUGAAUCAACUCAUAUAUGAUGAAAUUAUGGUUUCGAAUGCUGAAUUCUUGGUCAAGAAGUUGCUGUUCAUGGUCAAAAUGCUUGGUCUUUUGGUUCACUAUAUUGAGGUGUAGGGCAUUUCUAGAGGUUUUGUGAAUGAUAUCCGCUUUCCGCUCACAAAUUUGCAGAGGCUACUACAUGAUAUCUUUCACGUCUAUCUGGAGCCAAUCAACUUUUGGUGAUUCUUGAAGAAUUGAACUCCAUGUACAGAUAGUUAACUUCACGGAAUGCUGGUCGCAAUCCGGUUAAAUCCUAUUGACAUUCAACCGAUACAAACGUGAGUUUGAACCUCCUAACUGACGUAUUUACUUGUGGUAAAAAUGCUCAAAUGGAACAUAAUUGAUGUAUUUAUGAAGCUUGGUCUUCUAGGCACAUUCUUAUUCAAAUUUCUAUGUUUCCUCAGCCAAAUGCGAUUGCAGUCGUAAGUGAAGACACUUUGAAAGGUAAAGUUCAAUAAACCAAACGAAAUUAUUAAAACAAAAAAGGGAUGAAUUCUCUUCAAAUCGAUUUAUUUCUCCAGAUUUCCAUUUCUGUAUAUGUUGAACUAUUUAUAAUCCAUAGCCACUGCCAUACACCAAAAAUAUACAGCAACAAAAAUUACAACUAUUCCUACCAUAUAUGCCCAGACAAACCCAGAACUAUGACUUUUAUCAACCAAAAUCUACCUUGAUUGCCUUAUCUCUCUCGUAGUCCUACGAGGGCUCAUUUUCUCGUUCAUACAGUUUUCCCUGUUAGUAUGAGGUAAAAUCCUAGGCGUGUUCCCCAAUGCCUGGAGCUGCUCGAGUGACGCUAGAACCUCUGUCAUGGCUGGCCGGUUUCUACCGUCUAUGUGAAGGCACCUGAGUGCAAGGGCUGCUGCAGCUUGGGCCCCUUUCUUUGAGUACUGACCACCCAAUCUCGAGUCCAUUAUUCUCAACACUUUCCGGCCAUCACUUAAAAAUGGCUUUGCCCAGUCCACUAGGGUUUCCUCUGCUCCCCCGGCAUUAUCAUCACCCGUGGCCCGUUUUCCGGAUAGAAGCUCGAGCAAAACGACCCCAAAGCUGUACACGUCGCUCUUUGGAGUCAGGAAAAAUAAAUAUUGAGAUGAUAAUCACAUACAAGCCAUUCCCUGUGGCCUUGAAAGCUUUCUGGCUUGAGCUUCUUGACGGCCACAACCAUGCCACUCCCAGGCCUGCUUGGGGCAAACGUGUGCUCGUCUAUCCAUCCUUUGAAGACAUAACCGAAGCCUCCUUCCCCAAGAAGGCUAUCUGA